ACCGUAGUCGGAAAGAUGGCGACCUUAGUACUGGUUAGCCGUCCUGCGAGUGUCCUUCCAAAGAUUUCGACAGGCAGCUGCCCUGCAGUAUUGGCUGCUGCGUCUGUCACCACAGUCCAGCAGAGGAAGCUGCACCAUGCUGUCAUCCCCAAAGGGAAAGGAGGCCGCUCAUCUUCCAGUGGAAUAGCAGCCACUGUAUUUGGUGCCACCGGCUUUCUGGGUCGAUAUGUGGUCAACAGGCUGGGUCGGAUGGGUUCGCAGAUUAUCGUUCCUCACCGCUGUGAUCAGUAUGAUCUCAUGCACUUUAGGCCCAUGGGUGAUCUUGGGCAAAUCAUUUUUAUGGAGUGGGAUGCAAGGAACAAAGACUCCAUCAAACGGGCUCUAGAGCACUCUAAUGUCGUCAUCAAUCUGGUGGGCAGAGAGUGGGAAACCAGAAACUAUGGCUUUGAAGAUGUCUUUGUGACCAUCCCUCAGCAGCUUGCCAGGGCAGCAAAAGAAGCUGGCAUCACAAAGUUCAUCCACAUGUCACACCUCAACGCUGAUAUCCGCAGCCCAUCCAAAUACCUCAGGAACAAGGCUGUAGGGGAGACGGCAGUCAGAGACGAGUUUCCUGAUGCUAUCAUCAUGAAGCCCUCUGAGAUGUUUGGAAGGGAGGACAGAUUCUUCAACUAUUACGCAAACAUGCGCUGGUUCGGCACUGCGGUUCCUCUUAUUGCCCUGGGGAAGAAGACUGUGAAGCAGCCUGUUUUUGUGGUGGAUGUGGCCAAGGCCAUCAUCAAUGCCGUCAGAGACCCUGAUGCAAAUGGAAAGACAUAUGCAUUCGUCGGUCCUAACCGUUACCUCCUUCAUGACCUGGUGGAGUACAUCUACGCCGUGGCACACAGACCCUUUGUACCCUACCCCUUCCCUCGUCCACUCUAUCACUUGGCUGCACAGAUUUUUGCAAUGAACCCAUUUGAGCCCUGGACAACCCCAGACAAGAUUGACAGGUUUCACUUAACAGACAUGAAGUAUCCAGGACUCCCUGGUCUGGAGGAUCUUGGUAUCACUCCAUCCUCUGUAGAACAAAAGGCAAUCGAGAUUCUGCGUCGCCACCGCCAGUUCCGUUACCUCGAAGCUGACCUGGAUGAGACAAAACCAGCCAAGACUGUCGACUAUUAAACUACACAGAAAGAAACCUCUUUCAGUGUGUUGUCUUUAACUAUAUUCUGUACAUAAAUAAAGAAUUAUCCUCAAAGGGUGUUCUUCGUCUGAGUGUUUUCAUGGAAUAUGACUGAAAUUAGAAUGAAAUGUGGCAAAGCUGCCCUUUAAAAAUAUUUACUUAUUCGUGAUGUUGUCAUUUAGUGCUGUAAACUAAUUAAAUAUGCUCAAUGCAACGUGAAGGGAAAACACACCAUGUAAUCUGAAGUGUACUUUGAAUCCUUCAUUAGCUUUUGAGUAAUAAACUGGUCACCCACA